AUAUGCAGACUACGGUAUUCAAUGAGCGCGAGGGCUGAAUCGAGAAUUCGUUAUUGCAUGGGUCCGAGACGGCUCAGCUGCUCUAGCUGGCCGCCUCUUAGCCUCGGCGGACGUCGGCCGUUGUUAUGAAAAAUCCACGUGCUCGAGCUGUCGAUUGCAUGCCUGAUGAUCUUGACGGUGUUAGUCCAGGCUCCCAAAAACUGGCAAUUCCAAAGCGUCAGGCCUCAGAUUAGGCCAUACAAAUGAUACAUACGGUAUCGUUAGAUCUUCGAAUUAGAACUCACACAUCUUGACUUUAAAACGAACAUGCCUCAAGAUUUUCACGUCAUUCGGUGCUUUGCCUGUCUGGUAUUUCAGGUCCAUCAAGUGAAGAAGAAACCGAAGUGGCAAUGCAAGAUGUGUGGAGAAAAGCAGUCUGUCAGAAAGGUUUAUGGUAAAGGAGCUGGUAAGGAUUGUAGGUUGCUGGUUCAGUCUCUCAACAUGACAGCAGGCCAGAUAACAGAUGAGGACACUGAGCUUUCCUCAUCUAACCCUCUGGUUGAGGAAAAUGAAAUGUCACAGAUGACUGAAACUAAACUGCAUCUUGACAAUAUUACCAAGUGCCCACAACCAUCAUCAAGAUGGAACAGGUACUGUGAAGAGGAGCCUGAUGAAGCCAGUAUUCCAGACGAAGUUGGCUGCCAAGGACUUGAAAUUCCAUCAGAAUAUGUCAUUACAGAAAGGCCAUCUCGAUUUAAGAGGAAGAAGAGUCAGAACCGCUAUAACAGCAACCUACCUAACAAGCGCAGCAGACAGGAGGGUAGCAGAAGUGAUUGGGAUACCUUGCCAGAGUCUAAUCAGCAGGAGAGUGGCCUGUACCCUGGAUGUUCUUCAGCUAAGGAACCCAGUUGGGAAAGCCACUGCUCGCAGGAUGAUGUUAGCCAGAGGAAGAGAAAUAUGAAUCCUUCAAGCAGACAAGCAAACUUGUCCAACCUGGAGAAUGACCCUAUUACCUACUGUGAAAAUUACAAUCAUGGCCAGACGACCCAAAAGGCGGAGGAAACUGUUUCUGUCAUCAGCAAGGAGGAAGACCAGAAACAGCAUUGCAAAGGAAUCUCUAUUGAAUUUGCUUCACGUCAUGAUACAACCAGUGUGCCUAAAGAAAAUUCCUUUCAAGCUGGUGGAUCUGUAAACAGCAAAUGGGCUGCGUUUGCAGAACCUGCCUCUGACACUGAUGUUGAAGAUGACUUUGGAGAAGAGGAAUCACUUGAUAACGUUUAUUCGCACAGGGAGAAUAGUGAGGUGGGAGAGCUACUUGAAAAUUGUGAUAAUUCUUCCGGAGCAUUUUCAACUCAACAAGAAGUUAGUAAACCUGAAAAUCUGAACAGUGAUGAGAUGAGCAGUGUAAGCACAUUCGACUUUGCCGACACACAUGAAAGUCAUCAUCACAGUAGCAGAACGUCUAGACAGAGUGACAUUAAGGAGUCGUAUCAAAAUAAGAAAAUGGAGUGUAAAGGCUCUUUUGAUCAUCCCGAUUGUUGUCCCAUCUCAAGAACCCUCCAGAGUGAUAUUUUGAGCAACAUUCAGAAUUCAAUUUCAUCUUCCGCAGGGUCAAGAUGUCACAUGGUUUCUGAAAUACAACCAAUGGUUACAGAUUCUGCAUGUCCAUGUUCAGGUAAAGCUGCCAGGGCAUUGGGCAGUUGUGACAAAAGUGAACUGGUGCGUCAACGGUUUCAAAUACCUGAUGAAUGUCUUGAAGAUUUGCCAGAUGACUUUGAUGUGUGGUAAUGGACAAUGUUUUUUAUGCUUUCUACAUAUCCAGUAAUUGCUGAAUGAUAAUAUUCUGCUUGUACAGGACACUUCUGCAA